UGUGAUUUUGUUUUAGCUGUGGUGUUGACCACGCCCUGCUCGGUUUUCAUUGGUUUAAUGGCCAACCUUCGUCAAGGCGCUUCAGCAAAGUGUGUGAUUCCACAGAAGAGUUGAGUUUGGACAGUGUGUCCUUACACCCGUGUGACACUAUUUUGUAUAUAAUCUGUCAUAAAUUAGAUACAUAUUUAGAGCUGUAAAAAUGGUCGGGGUAAAAGUAAUCGGGAAUGAUUCAGAAUUCCAACCUGAACUAGCAGACGCCGGAUCAAGGCUUGCGGUGGUGAAGUUCACAAUGGCAGGGUGUCGACCCUGUGUCAGGAUAUCCCCUGCUUUCAACAUGUUGAGUAACAAGUACCCUCAUGUCAUUUUUCUCGAAGUGGAUGUACACGUCUGUCAGGCAACGGCUGCCGCCAACAACAUCUCUGCCACGCCGACGUUUUUGUUUUUCCGUAACAAAGUGCGCGUCGACCUCUAUCAGGGUGCCGAUGCCUCAGGACUAGAGGAGAAGAUCAAGCAGCAUGUAGAAAAUGACCCUGGAAGCAACGAGGACUCUGACAUUCCCAAGGGAUAUAUGGACCUGAUGCCGUUUGUGAACAAAGCUGGCUGUGAGUGUCUAAAUGAGAGUGACGAAAGCGGCUUUGAAAACUGCUUAGUCAAGGACACCACCUACCUGGAGUCUGACUGUGAUGAACAGCUCCUAAUUACUAUGUCCUUCAACCAGCCUGUCAAGCUGUUCUCCAUGAAGCUCCUGUCCUCUGACUUCGCCCAGGCACCAAAGUGUGUGAAAAUCUUCAUUAACCUUCCUCGCUCCAUGGACUUUGACGAUGCUGAGCGUAGCGAGGCCACCCAGACCCUGGACCUGGCAGAGGAGGAUUUCAAGGACGACGGACUGAUCCCACUGAGAUACGUCAAGUUCCAGAAUGUCCAGAGCGUCACCAUGUUUGUGAAGAACAACCAAGGGGAUGAAGAGACAACGAAAAUCAAUUACCUUACUUUUAUCGGGACCCCUGUACAGGCAACGAACAUGAAUGACUUCAAACGGGUUGUGGGCAAGAAAGGAGAGAGUCACUGAUGAGGAAGAGAGGAGGAGAAGACUGCCCGUAUUGCUGCGACGAUCCCCCCCCCAGGACUUAGCCUCUUGUCUGUCUGCCAAAGCUGCCACUAGGAGGGGUUAGGGUCUACUCCACUUUAACACAACACAGACCAACCAAAAUCUGUGUUCCAAAUUGCACCCUAUUCCCUUUUUAAAGUACGCUAUAUAUUUUUUGGGGGGGGGGACCUGAUAUCCAUCCUGAAGUCUGGCUUUGAUCCAGAGGUGUCAGUGGUCAAAAGUAGUGCAAAAGUAGUGCAUUGUAUAGGGAGUCAUUUGGGACACACGCAUCAACCUAACGUUUAUACGAGUUUGUGCUCCUCUGUUCUGCCGGUGAAAUGACAAGGCAACUCGCUCAAUUCAUUUAAAAAAAAAAAAAAACUUUUUUUUUUUAAUUGUAAUUCCGACAAACACUGUAAAUAAACACAAUCCUUUUUCAAAGGUACAGUUGGUAUUUCAUGUCUCUUGAAUUUUUAGAAAAGUUUAAACAAAAAUCUUCCUAACCACCAUUCACAAAGACGAGGAAAAUGGAGUUCCCAGGGUACGUCAUGUUUUCUCCUGCUGGAGUUCCUGUUAUCUAUUGUAAAAAUAUUGCAGAGUUCCGGGCACCGAAAUGUACCAGUCGUCUUCAAGCACUGAUCAUCCCCGUGGACAUGACUAAGUCUCCUGCAAAAAGGGAAGAAUCCCAGGUGAAGGAGUUUGACGGUAGCAGCAUCUCGAGCACCAACAGGUGCGUUGAGUCCACUUCUGAAUGGGGACGAGGAUGAUGUAAUGACAUUUUUUGACCACACCGUGUCACCAAAGGCUUUGCUAUAACGUCUUACACAAUCCAUGGGCGCCCACCGCACUUCAGAGAGCUCUUGGUUUCCGCUGAACGGUUGAUUUCAUCAGAAAUACGGGCUCUGUUAUAUUUGUCCUCUUUCUGAAUUUUUGGGGAAACAAUAUUUGCGAGAGGUGAUUUCAGUUAAUUAUGAGAGAUUUUUUUUUUUUUUACAAUAAUUCUCUUCAGAUUUUGUAUAAACAUAACAUACAGAAAUUCCAUGAUUUUUUUUUUUGCAAUUACACAGGAUCUCUUGGUAAUUAAUUAACAUUUCUACCGUGGAUACAAAAAAAAAGAUGUUGCUGGGGAUAUUUUUUAAUUUGCAUUUAAAAAACAAAUAUUGAUAUGUUUAUUUAUAUUGUUAAAAUGAAAAGUGGUGUAAUUAUUCUUUAAGCUGGGACAACACUGUGUUAAUAUAACAGAGAAUUGUUGACGAUGCUACUCCUAAUCAAACCAAGAUCAAGGCUGCUAGAUGACUAAAUUAGUUUUUGUUAUAAACUCAUUUAGGCUUGUGCAUUUAUUUUAAUUCUUGGCACUUUCUGUCUGUUAAUUUACGAUAAACAUAAUUUACCACAUUGAGAAAAAUCCUUGUUAUUUUUGAAAAAUCGAUAAUCUGCAUCGGCAGUUAAGGCCUAUUUAAAAAAUAAAAUAAGCAUUUUACCAAAUAAAACAUUUCUCUGA